AUGCGUGUGGGUGUUCACACGGGUACCGUCAUCGGAGGGGUCCUCGGCCAGAAGCGUUGGCAGUACGAUGUGUGGUCUACAGAUGUCACCCUGGCUAACAAGAUGGAGGCCGGCGGCAUUCCUGGGCGUGUGCACAUCUCACAGAGCACCUUUAACUGCCUGAAGGGGGAGUUUGAAGUGGAGCCGGGUGAAGGGAGCACGAGGUGUGACUACCUGAGAGAAAAGGGUAUUGUCACUUACCUGGUCAUCGUACCAAAGCAGCCAGUCAAUAAGAAUGGCAUCAAUGGAGUGAAGCUGUCCUUGGCAUCAUCACAUGGAAAUUCCCCACAGCUGAUCAACACCAAAGAAUGUAAUGGAAGUAUCCAUACGACGUGUACUACACCCGAUGACAACGAGGAGCUGGACACCAGAGUGGUGAACCCAUCCUUCCCCAACCCCCGCAGACGCCUCCGUCUCCGAGACCUGGCUGAGAGAGUCAUUGACGCCCAACAGAACGAGCAAGAACUGAACAAGCUGCUGAAUGAGGCCCUCCUGGAGAGAGAGACCGUGCAAGUCUUGAAAGGGAAGUACACCUACCGCCUGUCCAUGAGGUUCAUCAACCCGGAAAUGGAGACUCGUUUCUCGGUGGAGAAGGAGAAACAGAGCGGGGCUGCCUUCAGCUGUUCCUGCGUGGUUCUGUUCUUUACUGCUGUUGUUCAGAUGUUGAUCGAUCCCAUGCUGGUGGCCAACUAUGUGACUUUUGUCAUCGGUGAAAUCCUUCUCCUGGUUCUCACCAUCUGCUCACUGGCAGCCAUAUUUCCCAGGGUCUUCCCAAAAAAGCUAGUGGCCUUUUCCACAUGGAUAGACAGGACCAGGUGGGCAAGAAACACUUGGGCCAUGUCCGCCAUAUUU